AUGGAAAUUCUUGAAAACUGUGAUGGCUUACCACUUGCAAUUAAAGUGAUUGGAGGUCUCUUGAGCACAAGAUACCCAAGUGAGCAUGAGUGGAAAUCUGUUUUGAACAAGCCAGCUUGGUCACUGACCGGACUGCCUCCAGAACUCGACAACCGACUAUACUUGAGCUACGAGGACUUGUCCCCCCAGUUAAAGCAAUGCUUUCUGUACUGCUCACUAUUUCCUAAAGGUGAAGAACUCGUACAUGGUUUAGUAACUCAAAUGUGGAUUGGUGAAGGAUUUAUCCAACCUCCGGGUGGUAGUACUAAUAGUUUACAAGAGUAUGAGUUCGAAGAGAUGGCAACUGAGUACUACCAAGAGUUAAUAAAGAGGAACCUUAUAGAACCUACAAAAGAAUAUUCUCUCACUGGAUACCGGUGCACCAUGCACGAUGUGGUCUGCACCUUUGCUGAACACAUGGCAAGAGAAGAAUCACUAGUGGUGGUGGUUGGCAGAGAACAGGCUGCUACUGGUAUGCAUGUCCGUCGCCUCUGCAUAGAACAGACCGUAUCAGUACUGGAUUGGGGCAUUUUGCAAAGGCGAGAGUCGCUUAGGACAUUAAUUAUAAAUUCUAGAGUAAACUUUCAUCUUCCUGAUGACUCGCUGAGUAGUUUCUCUAGCCUGCGGGUACUGUACAUAUUGUCUGCUGAUUCUAAUAGAUUGGUUCCCUCUCUAUCUAUGUUGAAGCACUUAAGAUACCUUCACUGGGAGGAUACUGAUAUAUCUAGGCUACCAGAUGAUAUCCAAAAGAUGAAAUUUCUACUGUACAUUUCACUUGUUAACUAUAAGAAGCUAUGCUAUCUUCCUGGCAGCAUCAUAAAACUUGUGCAUCUAAGAUCUCUUAACAUCAGAGGAUCAAAUGUUAGUGUCAUGCCUAAGGGGUUCAGUGUGUUAACAAAUCUGAGGUCACUUUAUGGCUUCCCAGUACACGUGGACAUGGAUGCAAGCAAUAGCUGGUGCAGUUUGCAAGAGCUGGAGCCUCUCUCUCAGCUUAGGGAUCUUACAUUAUAUGGCCUAGAGAAGGUGCAUGACAGCCGGAUGGCUGAAAAGGCCAUGAUUAGCAGCAAGCGCCACCUUGGGUAUCUAGAGUUGAACUACAGUGCAAGUGGACAUGCUAUAGGGACAGGUGGUGCUGAGGCAGAGCAGCAACAACAACAGAGUGUGACCGAGGAAGUCUUGGAAAAGCUCUGCCCUCCAACCUGCCUAGAGAAUCUAGGUGUGAUAGGAGGAUACAUUGGUUGCCGGCUACCAGACUGGAUGUGUGCUCCAGGAUCGGCAGAGUUUAAGAGCAUAAGGUAUUUGGAACUGGAGAACCUGCCUUGCUGCACCCAGCUCCCUGAUGGUCUAUGCUGCCUCCCAAGUUUGGAAUUGCUGGACGUCACGGAUGCGCCAGCCAUCAAGCGUAUUGGCCCCCAAUUCCAAGCGUCAUCCUCCGUGGCAGCUGGAGAGCUGUAUUUGGAUGGACUACGUGAGUGGGAGGAGUGGGAAUGGAAUGACUGCGAGGAGCAUAAUGAAGUGAAAACUGCCAUAGCCAUGCCUUGUCUGGAGACACUCCAAAUCAACAACUGCAAGCUGAGCUGUCUUCCACCAGGCCUCGCCAGCAGCAAGAGGCAUAAUCUUAGAAAACUAAACCUGUACGAGCUCUCCAACCUGACACAUGUGGAGAACAUCCCUUCAGUUGUGAAACUUGAUGUGUUUGACUGCCCUGAGCUCAAGAGGAUCAGCGGCCUCGCCAUGCUGCAGAAGAUUAGGAUCACUUGCUGCCCAAAUCUGGAGGUUCUUGAAGGUGUCCCAGCACUCGACAGCCUUCGACUGGAGGACGCCACCAUGGACACGCUUCCAGAAUACCUGCGAGCUGUACACCCAAGGUAUCUCGAGUUGUAUUGCAACAAGAAGCUACACGAAUCCUCCUUAUCACCACGUAGCUCUGAAUGGAAGAAGAUCAGCCAUAUUGGAAAACGCGACAUCAACUGCAUCGAAGAUUCAGAUACAAGUUCGGAUGGAUAUUCAGAGGAAGACUGA